GCCUGCGGUGCGUUUCUUUCUCUACUCAUUAUUUCAUUUCCGUGCGUGCGCUAACAUUAAUCGUCAUCAAGAUCUCCCAGCUCACGGGGUCACCGACGCCGCUGAUUUAUUUUCUGGGCAUUAUCUAUCUUUGUGCUUGCUUCGCCUACGAGAUGUAACCCGGUGUGUUUCGGUGUACGCGCGCGGUGAAAGGAAAGCUUGGGGAGAAGAAGGUUCAGUAAUUUCAUGGCACUCGGAGCGGAGCCUAUAAACACGGUGCUGUGGUAGCGCACACAGUAGUGUCGAGAGCAACGAGCGGCCACUAGACGACGUGGGCAUGUUGGAGGCGGAACCGUACGUCGGGAAACUAGGUUGCGACUACAUUCGCACGUCUGUUUGUGGCAUGGUGUAACAAAUGGCACGUGAUUCGACAAUGGGGCGAGACCGAGUGCUUGUCGUUCCGAGCACAGGCAUUGCCCUCAACAGUAGCGCUUCGCCGUCGUCGUCAUCGUCGUCGCAAGCUCCGUCCGACAUCAAUCAGCAGAUUCUGGAGCUUCAGAAAGAACAGGAGCUCGAGAAGCAGAAGUUGUGGCAUGCCUUCCAAGAAAAAAACAAGGAACUGGAGAUGCACCAUCGUCAGCAGUUGGAGCAUAAAUUUCAGGAGUUGCGCGAUCAGCGGAUAGCGGAAGUGGCUGCGCAACAGCUCGAGCGCCGUGAACGUGAGGCCGUUAAACGGAAGGAGAAACAUGAUUGCUGCGCGAAUGCAAGCUCUGAAGUGAAACAAAAGUUACAGACCUUCCUCAUACAGAAAAAGCAAGCCGCGGCUUCGAACGGCUUAAAUUCAUCAUCGUCGUACAGGAACUGGGGCGUUGUAAAGUCGUCCUCCGGUGAAUCGCUUCCGGCGGGUGCCGUCGCAGCGGCCGUGAAUUCCCAUCCGUAUAAAAUUCCGCCGCCACCAAUCGCCAUUGGGAAGUACGAUCCGGACUUUCCGUUGCGAAAGACAGCGUCCGAACCUAACUUGCUGAAGAUUCGUCUUAAGCAGCGCGUGAUUGAAAAAAGAUCCGUUAAUGGACCGAUCGCCGCCCGGCGUCAGGAACGCUUGCGCCGACUCCAGAAGCAGCACCAGAACCAGGCGCUAUCUUCAAAUUGUCCAGUUUCUGGCACAACGACAGACUCUGGACCUAACUCACCACCAACCGUCGGAAGCCGGGCAUCUCCGACAAACGCUCCGAUCCAGGAAGAGAACGAAGAUCCACAGUACGGGUCAGUAGCUCGCUCUAGCAUCAAUGAUCUAUCGCUGUUUAGUUCACCCUCAAUGCCCAACAUUUCGCUUGGUCGACCACAUCUCGGUCCAUCGGCCCAUUCUGCCACCGCUGUGCACUUGGCGAUGAACGCCAUCAGACCGCCACAACUUGUCGGUGGUCAGGGCCCGCCACCGUCAGCUGGUCCACUGGCGUUCGGUAAUCCGAUGCUGGAAAUGGCUGAGCAGCAGUUGCACCACCAGCACCAGCACCACCACAGUCAAAACGCAGUGGCUGCUGCGGCUGCGGUCGCUGCAGCUGCAGCCGCCACUGGCAUCGGCAUCGGUCGGGCACAACUGCCUGGUCUGCAUGCAGCGGCCGCCGCAGCCGCAGUCACUUCCGCCUACCAGCAAUCGAUAACAGAUGCACACGUUGCUCAAGCCCGACUUAACAAGCAGGGCCAUCGGCCACUGGGACGCACCCAGUCCGCUCCGUUGCCGCUCGGUCAUCCGAUGCUUGCCGGUGCGAACAGCGCCAUGGUGAACAUCACCCAAACCCAUUUCGAAAAUAGUGACGCCGAGCGACAGGCGUACGAGCAGCAUUUGCUUAUGAAGCAAAAGAUACGCCAGACUGCGCUGAAUCGUGCUAGCAAUUGUGUGAAUCGAGAACCCCAGUUGCGCGAGGAGUUGGAAUCAAACGAGGUAAUCGAUCUGACCGACAAGAAGCAGCCACCGAAAACGGUCCUGGCAAACUGCGUCAUCAAAAGCACCUCGCAAACGCUUGUAGCGCAUGACGAACUCGUAUCGCCAUCGCACGCGCAGCAGCAACACCAACAGGCGCAACAUCUUUCGGAAUUAAUGCAGCAGCACCACCAUCAUCAUCGUGAGUUACUACUGCGUCGGUCAAUGCAGCUGCCAAUGCUGGAGGAGCCUUACCAUGCUGGGACGGUCGCAACGGGUAGGCCAAUGUUGCGGCCGCUUUCCCGUACGUCGUCCAGUCCUCUCGUGCACCUCUGCUCGGCGACAGCGCAGCUCGGUGCCACGCAACAAAGCAUGUUCUCGGACACUGGUCAACAGCUGCCGCAGGACGACGACAUUCCGCCACCGGUCAACCUGACAGUCCAGAAUCGAAGUCGGUCGCUUCUCAACUACACCCACGACAGCCUCACCAUUUCGGCCGUGGCCGCUGCAGCCGCUGUAGCAGCCGCUGCGGCUGCCGCCAGUUCAUCCUCUGCCUGUUCGAGCCCCGUGGGACCGAUGCCCCUGCAGCUGACCACGUCUGCGUCUGCCUCGACAAUUGUACCAUUGGAAUCGCACGGACCCACUGCUGCUACACUCACACCCGCAAACUCCUCCAUUACCACCGGACUAGCCUUUGACAGUCUCAUGCUAAAGCACGUGUGCGUCUGCGGCGAUAAUGCUAACCAUCCCGAGCACAGUGGUCGCCUGCAGAGCAUCUGGGCGCGGCUGGUAGGAACCGGAUUGGCGGUGCGCUGCGAUAAACUUCGCUCCCGUAAGGCUACUCAGGAGGAGUUGCAAACCGUGCACAGCGAGGGUCACUCACUGCUCUUUGGUACCGGUCAGCUCAAUCGACAGAAGAUUGACACGAGCCGCGUCAGUUUCGUGCGGCUCGCCUGUGGCGGUGUGGGUGUUGAUCUGGAUACGACCUGGAACGAGCACCACACGGCCGCUGCGGCUCGGAUGGCGGCCGGAUGUGUUAUCGAUCUGAGUUACAAAGUGGCGCGCCGUGAAAAUCGGAACGGGUUUGCCGUGGUUCGGCCACCGGGACACCAUGCGGAAACGGACGCCGCAAUGGGCUUCUGUUUCUUCAACUCGAUUGCAUUGGCCGCAAAGCUGCUGCGUGCUCGGAUGCCGCACGAGAUGCGUCGCAUUUUGAUCGUUGACUGGGACGUGCACCAUGGUAACGGGACGCAGCAGGUAUUCUACGAUGAUCCAAGUGUGCUGUACUUAUCGAUUCACCGACACGAUGAUGGUAACUUCUUCCCCGGGACGGGUGGACCGACCGAGUGUGGAGCGGGUGCGGGCAUUGGAUUCAACGUGAACGUAGCUUGGUCUGGUGGGGUGAAUCCACCACUAGGUGACGCCGAGUAUUUAGCCGCGUUUCGCACGGUAGUGUUGCCGAUUGCGAGAGAGUUCCAUCCCGAUAUUGUACUCGUGUCGGCCGGAUUCGAUGCGGCCAUCGGCCAUCCAGCACCUCUCGGUGGUUACGUCGUUUCACCGGCCUGCUUUGGCCAUUUGACACGUGAAUUGAUGCAGCUAGCCGAUGGAAAGAUUGUUCUCGCGCUCGAAGGCGGCUACGAUCUCCCGGCAAUCUGCGACUCAGCUGAGGAGUGCGUUCGAGCGUUGCUAGGUGUGGAAAGCAUUGCUUCUAUCGAAGCCACGGAGCUUGCCCGUGUGCCGUGCCAGGCAGCGAUUGAAACGUUGCAGAAAACAAUCGCCAUACAGAUGUUGCACUGGCCAUGCGUAAAGCGUUUCGCGCACACCGUCAACCUGUCCGCCAUACAGGCACACAGUAGCGAACGAGAAGAGUCGGAUACGGUUACCGCAAUGGCCGGACUUUCGAUGCAAACGUUAAAAAGAACAUCGGAUGUUUCCUGCGAGAGUUCGGAGGAACCGAUGGACCAGGACGAAUCAAAAUGAAGCACUUGUCCUGGAGGAGCUCAGGGAACUAUGCUGAAAAUAACAGCAUUACAGUGGCAGAUGCACCUGCUUAAUGGAUGAGCCUGCGUUAAUGUAAUUAGAUGGUUGGUUGGUGGUAUUAGUGUUUUUAUACUGUUUGUAUGCGCGGUGUUUUUGGGAACUUUUUGAGAUUUGGUCUGUGGGGUUAAAGGCUAAAGGUGUAUGUCUGGCACACGUUCUUUGCGAGCAAAAUUUGUUAUUACGAUUUUUUAUGCUGAAGUGUGGAUGCAAGAUAUGCCCCGGCGUCUAGAACAUAUUGAUGCACAUAUUUAUGUGUAAAUGUAUGGGAAUGUGGCGUUUGAUUGAUUGGAUUUUUUUUCCUUUUCUUGCUAGCAGCAAUGCUUCUGCUAUCAAACCCCUACUCAAAACACUCCUGGUAUCCAAGUAGCCAUAUUGCCUUUUGAGCAGCAGCUGCUGUCUUCCCAUUCUGAGUAUCGCCACUUCUUCACUUAGAUUUCCAAUUGCUAGGUGCAUAUAUGAAUAUAUGUAUAUCGUUAUAAGCAAACAAAUGAAAUACUAUAAUGAAUCAGGGAAAAAUUACAAAAAGGAGUAGAUGAAAAGAAAGGCCUGAAAGGUUCUGGAUCAUGGAUCCUCGUUUACAAUACUUUUUAUACGUUAAUCAAUAGAUGGAGUUUCGAUGAUUACGUGCAAAAAUCUACAGUGGCCAACGAAACAAAGUUUAUUUCGACAAACACAAACAUUAUAUGAAAUACGAGGAUUACCCAUUUAUGUUAGUUCGCGCGCAAAAAUUCGGGCGGAGCUUCGAUUAAACCGUCUAAGUAGUAUUUUUAGUUUUUUUCGGAAGUAUGACCUAUACACACGAAAAGUGUUAGCCAUGCAGAUUUAGCACACCAAAAGUUUUUCUGGUGCGAAACAAAGUUUAUUUUUCGCAAAAAUGCAUCCUUUUUCGACUAUUAUGCCUUUGCAAUUUGCUUCCUCAUGUUCAUUUGACACUCUCAUAAGAGACACUUUUAGCUCUUCAUAAAUGCGUUUAGUUCUAAAAAACGAUUCCUCAGCCCAAAGCACUUUUUUCCGGAAUGAAGGAACAGUUAAAAUAUGAUUAUGUUUAAAUAUCUUUCUUUUGUUUAAAUUGUUAGAUGCGGAUUUUUGCGAUUGCGAUGCGGAUGCGGAGAUUUGAAAACAUAGCCAGAUUUGCCAGCUUUAUAGUAAUGUAAUCAUAUACCAUGCCAUCAUCGGAUGACAUGCACAUUAGGGACUUUUUCACCUUUUGAUUGAAGUUUUUGUUGAAUUCUUGUGGCUGAUAGAAGAGCAUUUGUAGUUUACAUGGUCACUCACGACCUCCAUUUUCAUACACUUUGAUACUUGCUGCCUUGCUUUUGUAAAAUAUUUUUGCAAUUUUCUUGUUAGCCAAAGCAUGAAAAUUCAUAAAUAUGACUAUUUGAUUUUCUUCAUUGUCUAUUUUAUAAUAUUUCAUAGUUUUUCUUGUGCCAUCUCAUAAGCUGAGAAAAGAAAUUUUUUUUUUGUGAAUUAUUCACCACACGUUUCUCAUCUUCAAUCCUGUUGUUGAACGUCAAAGUAUAUUAAAAAAUCGCGAUACUAUUACUGAUAAAUAACUAAAUUAAUUCUAGUGGCUGUCAUAUUCAGCUAAAUGAAGGAAAUAGAUGUGAAAAACAGACAAAUUAAAGUUUCAAACUCCAAAUAAAUUUUGUUUCGCACCGCUCAAAUUCACCCUUGACUGCGAAUGGUUGCACCAACACACAAGAUAAAAUCAAAAUGUAAUUCGAUCAUCAUAAUUUUGCUCUUUAUAACGUUUAUUAAUAAUUAACAACAUCAACGAAAUGAAACAAAAACUACACAUCAUUUACCAAAUAUUAUCCAAAUUUUCAGAUGAUAUACUUUGUUUCGCUAGCCACUUUUGGCAAUGAAUCGAAAAUUCUGCGAAAAGUGCAACGAAACUGUCGGAAAGUGAGAAAAAAAACAUGUUAUUGUUUAUGGGUUUGGCUGGAGUAAUGUACUCGCACAUACACACAUACAGGCAUUCAAACAACGUCGUUUACGAUAAACAGGCAGAAAAAAAUAGAGAGAGAGAGAGACAGAAAAUCAUCAAUCAAAUGAAAUUUAUUACAUUUCAUUUUUGCUACCUCAUUGCUGAGGGAAAGUAAUGUACAAAAAAACAAAACUGGAUGAAAAAAGUGUGUUGAGUUAGAAUGGAAUACGCAGAAUACGCUUUCGAAGAUUACGAAAAAUUCUAGUAAAAGCCCUCGAUGAUCGAACAACGGAAAACGCCAAAUCUCACUUACUCUGAGACUGUAUUUUUUUGUAGCGACACCAAGAAUUCUGUUGCUGCAAAUUUGUUCUUCAAACCUUGCUCACCGUCGCCACCCAGCCAUUCUUGCCCUACAGUCCAUAGGUUCGACAGCCUGUUGCGUAUUCUGCUGGCACAACGUCUAUUGAAAGUAUAGUCCGUCUUUAAACUAAGUGGGUUUGGUAGAACGGGUGUAUGUGAGUGUGUGUGUUGUACGCUACUGUUAUAUGUUGGAGCAUGCUGCAAAAAAUUACCAGUUACCCUUCUUGUAAAUUGUUACGCGUGUAUCGUGCCGUUUGAAAAAACGGCUUGAAAUGUAAACCCCUUGUGAUUCUUUCUGUCUCCCCAUAAUACGCUCAUUCUCCUCUAUCGCCAUUUGUAUUAUUUCUUUGUUCACUGUACGACAUCUGAUUUUGCGUCUUUACUAUUCGAAUGUUGAAUGGUGCGGGGGAAUUUUUCAUACGUUCUUGAGAAUAUAGCGAUAGGGUACUAUUGCUCAAAGCAACGAUGCAUGAAAAAUGAUAAUGUAUCAUGUUUUCUUCUAUUCGCUCUCAUCAUAUCGUACCUUUCCUUUAUCCUUUUGUACAUUGUUCGCAUCUGUCUAUCGGCUUGCCUGCAUUCAACACAUUUUUUCGUUGGCAAAGCAUUAUUUGUAGCGAGAUAAACGAAAACGAAAAGAACCGAAUGUUGUAAUCUUUGUCGCUGUAUGUAUUGUCUAUUGCUAGCAAACAUCACUAACUACAACUACGGAGAAAUCCAAAAAAAACAAUAACGAAGCUCUCCCUUUCCGGUGGUUUCUAUUAUGGUGGUUAUACUGUGGUUCUAUUUUACAGUACUAGGAUUGAAAUUGUAUGUGUUUGGCGUUGCUCUUAGUAUAAGCUUAAAUAGAUAUAGAUGAAAGAACAACAAAAAAACAAAAAAUGCAGGGUGUUGAAAAGAAAAACGAGGAGAAAGAAACUUUAAUUUAACAAUGUUCGGUGACCUUAUUGUAUACCAACGAACUGUAGAGAAAACAAAAUUGAACACGAACUGCAAAGCUAUGAUAAUUGCAAACGGCGCAUCCAUGUAUUGAAAGAGAAUGAUAAUUAAAUUAAAAGAAAUUUAAAAGAAUAGAAAGAAUUUGAAAAUCGUAAGAUGGAAAUACGAAAUCUUGUAACGGAUUCAAUUAGUAGAGAUCUAUAUAGGGUAGGUUGGACCGAUCACUGGAGAGUAUAGUUACUUGGCACACAUACACGCAGAAUUACCCACGUAUAACAAUUGCUACGAUCUGCUGGCACAAGCCAAGCCUAAUACACACCACUACGAAGAAGUUAAAUGAAUAGCAGUUGGCACAGAAUGGUGUGUACAAUAAUACAUUUUAUGUUAUACUUGGUAAUGCAUCAAACACGCCAGAGUCUGUUAGCACAAUAUUAACAUUCUUGUGUGUUUUACAGUUUUACAUGGUGUGGGUUUUAAUUCACCCUUUUCUUUUUGUACGUAUAUAUAUACGUAUAUAAAAUAUGAGAAGAGAAAGCUUAUUUGUUUCUGUGUGAGAAUAAACCAAAAACAAAAAGCUGCUCCUCACCGGGUUGUAACGAAAAAAACAGAAACAGCAAGACUAAAACACACGCUUUUAAUGUUUGUUGUAUCCAGAGAAUGGGCUUUUCGUCAGCACAAGAAAACAAAAGCAAAGAAAAGAAGUAACAGGAAAUUUCAAAUUCACAUUGCGCAUGAAAAUACACUCUUUCAUUCGAUUUGCCGAAGAUAAGUUUUGCUGCGUGCGACAUUUUUUUUACACAAUUAACGUUAUUCACAAAACACUACUACUAUUACUAUUUGUACUAUUAUUACUACUAUUACCACUGCUACUGUUACUAUUUCUUCUGCUACCACCACCACUACUACUUCUACUAUUACUACUACUACUACUAUUGUUCUGUAAUUGGAUUGUCUUAAAUUACACGGUGUUCCAUCCGCGUGCGUCGGAAAGAGUUCGAUUGGAGGUAUUGACAAUUAAAGGACAGUAAAGAUAAAAAUAUAACAAAAGAGCGAAGGCUUUUCCGUGAUCGAGUUGUAGCGAAAAUAAGUCUUGCAUAGCAGAGUAAAAGAAUUUGAAAAAGGAGUAAGAGGUGCAAACCUGCAAAAUGCAAAGAUAUGCGAAAUGAAAAACGACAGGGAAAAUCCCUCUCAAAAGUGCUGGACACUUAAUUUUUAAUGAACUUUUAAUCUCCUACAAUAGCGUGAAACACGACAACACUAUAUGCUCCUUGCCUUUAAAAGAAAAAUGAUUGUUAUAAUUUGUAAAACAAAAGAGAAAAAUACGAAAGUUUACACACAUUUACACAACUGUUCAUCACAUUCAUGGUACUUAUAACAUAAUCGGCUUUUAUGAUAGGACGUUUGAAACAGAGAGCUCAUCCGAAGAGAGGGGCAUUGAUGUAACUGUGAGAUCCUAUUUAUUCAUACACAAUGCUGUUGCAAAUGAACAAUUAUGCGCUGCUAAAAAAAACUAAACCAAAAUGGUUCAGUUAAUUUUUGGCAAAGCUCUACUUCUUUAUGUGCAUGGCAUUUUUUAAACGUGUGUACUGGACCUAACACUAACAAAGAUGCAAAAUAAGAAAAGCAAAAGGGACAGAAAGAAAUCAAAACUGAGAUAAGAAAAAAGUGAAGAGUAUAAUGAACCGAACAGCUAAACUAUGGUGUUAAUUUGGUUUUUGGUUUUUUGACAAUCAAAAUAAGAUCAUUUUAAGUAUGACCUAAAGGGAACGAAGUGAUCUUCAAUUAUGAUAUAAAUCCGUAGAAAACCACCCAUAGUUAAAUUAUGUUGAUAGAAAAGUAAUUUAAAUUACUUUUGCUUACAUUUUUUUUUAUUUACAAAGGAUUCCAUCAUUUGCACUAAACAAGACAAACCACGAAAUCGAAUGGCGCAUCUCGCCGAUGAGUGUGAUUAUAGUAACAGUAGGAAGUAGUAAAUGAUAUAAGCAUCAGUAAGACAGGCGGGUAUAGUUUAAAUACGUACUAUAUCGAUUGCCUGCACCUGUAAAAUCAUUUACAAAACCAACUGUACAAAAAACGACGAAAGAAACUGUGUUUGUUUCUCGUUUGUGUUUCACACUUUUUACAAUACGCAUACUUAUAAAUCAACUUCAGACAUUCCUAUUCAAUGAAAAAACAAUGUUGUUAUUCUAAGAGAAUAUAAAGUAUUUUAUGAGAAAAAA